GAGGUCGUCACGUCUGUCAGAGUGCCAUACCCAGACAGACUGGUAGGAGUGAAUACAACAUUCGCGGUUUCAGAAAAGAGUGGGGCUCGUUUCAAUUCGUUGUCGAGUCUGUAUGUGUGAUAGCAAACUUGUUUCCAUCAGUAAUACGCUCGUUCAGUCGUGUUAGCAACGAGUGUCGAUGAGAUAGUAGUGUAAGUUAUCACAGACCAUCAAUAAAUACCCUAGAUAGGGGGUCCAAGUGUCUGAUGAUCCGAAUUCCCAAAUAGGUCAGGACGACCUUGCUCCUCCCCAGCGGGAAAACCCAGCGACGUAACAGUGCAUGAGGAACAUCAUUAAAAUGCUGCCAUGAGGAAAAAUCAACGCUUCCGGCAGCAUUAAAACGCGAAUAAUGAUGACAAAGUGCCAGGCUGGAGGGAAUAAUCCAUAGAAAUUAUCAACAGAAGCUAGAAAUCAGCACUAGAGCUUCGAGAAAGCUAUGAACCUAUGUGAUGGUAAAUCCGCAGACUCCGGAGCUGAGAAACAUCGAUGGUGAUCGUGUCUGGGAAGAGAACAACAAUCCGAAGAAUGAUACGGAGGAGUUGCGCUACUCCAACUUAAUCAAGAAGAAUAACGAUUUCAAUGAUGAUUCAGAUAUUCGUAAAAUUAGCGAUACCGCCACCAGCCAAUCGCCCAUAGUCUCCUAUGAGGACGACGGUAGUCAUGGUGUACCAUCUGCGCAGUGCAGUGACGUAGACGAUGACGUUGAUUUUGUGGAAAUUGAUGAUCAUGAGGAGUCGGGCGGAUGGAUGACAAAUCUACCGAUAUCAAGUGUUGAGCAUGAAACAAGCAAUGGACAAGUAUUGCCGAGUCUCGAUAAAACAACAUUCGGUCAAGUUUGUAUUAGUAAUUCCAAUCAUGUGAGAGUAGGUAAUACGACGCUCUACAAGGGGCCCGUUACAAUAAAGCAAUUUGUUUACACGAACUCUGCAUCAGUGGAGAACGGUGAAAUAGGAAGUGGUAAACGCGCGUCUGAUGUUAAUUCUAACGAAGAGAACAACGUCACUAACAGCACUACUCCUAUAUUUCCAGCUCCUAGAGAAUAUGAUAAAGUGAUAAAAUGGCUGUGGACGUGGAGGUGUGCCGCGCUCCUGAGUGUUGUGGCACUCAUCCUCGUGACAGUAAUCGUUGUAGUGUCUGUAAUGAACACGAGAAAUGAUGCUUUGUCACCACUGGGGCCGGCUAUCGAUCCUGACGAUAUCUUAACGGAAGACGUUAGAUUCGUUAAACGGAUCGAAUGGGGUGCGCAACCUCCAACCAAUCCAGCUAACCCACUGCAAAUUCUUCCUGCGCCAUACGUAAUAAUCAGUCAUACAGCAUCGGAGCCAUGCUCAACACAAGCCGAAUGCUCUCAGCGUGUGAGAACUGCGCAGACAAUGCAUAUCGAAUGGAAUAAAUGGGACGACAUAGGAUACAAUUUCCUGGUGGGUGGGGAUGGCCUGGCGUAUGUGGGUCGAGGAUGGGAUGUCGAGGGUGCACAUACCUUCAAUUACAAUAAAAAGAGUAUUGGCAUCAGUUGCAUUGGAACAUUCAACACCGUUACACCGCCCAAGAGACAGCUCGUUGCUCUUGCUCGGGUCAUUGAGACUGGCGUGAAGCAUGGAAAAAUUGCGAAGGAUUAUAAGCUAAUGGGGCACCGACAACUCACUGAGACACUCAGUCCUGGAGACAUGCUUUAUCGGAUUAUUAAAAAAUGGAAACACUGGUCGGAGAAGCCGUAGAUACGUACACUGUUCGAAAUUUAAGGAAAACUCAUUGACAAUUUUCAAAGUUUCGACUUUGAAUUUCGGUUAAUUGCUAAUUGGUUGUAAAUUUUGGAUUCGGGUUGGAAAUUCAAGGUUGGGUACUUAAUAUGCAAGAAAUGUGGGAGUUUUGAACAGGAUUUGAGUUUUUACAUCGCAUUUAUUUGAGUUUUGAAUUUUCUAGCAUUCCAAUGAUCGCACUGUUG